ACAAUCCAAACAUCCCUCAUACCAUAUUUAUUUAUUUAAAACCACAACCUUCAUUUAUUAGAUCAUCAUACCAAAGGAAUUAAAAAAAUUAGAUGUAAUUUCAUCCCUUAAAGAAAUAAAGAAAAAGAAAAAGUAAAGGCACGAGAAUUAAGCAAAAAUAGGAAUAAGAGCUUACCUGGUACAGUGGUACCAGUAGAAGUAGAAGUAGAAGGUCUGUUCAUCAUCUUCAAUCACCAGAUAAAGCCACUCAACGAGGAAAAAAGAAAACCAACAAUCAUCAUCAACAUGAAACAUCAUCCUCUGCACCAAGCAAGCACUCCUAAAAAGCAACAAUCCAACUCUUCCAUGUCUAGUUUUCCUUAAAUUUAACUUCCCUUCUUCUCGCUAACCACAACCCCGGCCAAAUCACCACCAUGAACCACCACCACAACCACCGUCCGACGUGCUUCUUCUUCUUCUUCUUCCUUUGUCUACCUCUUAGUAUUUCCUCCGCUGCCACCACCCUUCCUCUGCAACUUGUGUCACUUCUGUCUCUGAAAUCAUCUCUGGUUGAUCCUUUGAAUACGUUUAAAGACUGGGAUCCAUCGCCUUCGUUAUCUAAACCUGGAUUCGAACAUGUUUGGUGUUCUUGGUCCGGUAUCAAAUGUGAUCCGAGAACGUUUCAGAUCAAUUCAUUGGACGUCUCUAAUCGGAACCUCUCCGGCACGAUUCCCGAAGCCAUCAAGUACUUAACGCACCUACACCAUUUGAAUAUCAGUGUAAAUAAUUUUGCCGGACCUCUACCGACGGCGAUCUUCGGCCUGACUUUUCUUCGGACGCUUGAUGUCAAUCAUAACCUUUUCAAUUCAACAUUUCCGCCAGGGAUUUCGAAGUUGAAGUUUCUUACAUUCUUUAAUGCUUUCAGCAACAGCUUCACUGGGCCGUUGCCUCAGGAGCUUGUCCGUUUGCGCUUUCUGGAACACCUCAACCUCGGUGGAAGCUACUUCGAAGGUGAAAUUCCAAAAAGUUAUGGUGGUUUCCAAGGGUUAAAGUUCUUAUACCUUGCUGGAAACAGCCUCGGUGGUGAAAUUCCGGCUCAGUUAGGGCUUAUAACGUCGCUCCAGCGUUUAGAAUUCGGAUACAAUGGUUUCUCCGGCGAAUUACCAACGCAGUUUGCUUUGUUGUCAAAUCUCUCAUUCCUUGAUAUUUCAUCUGCUAAUCUUUCUGGAGACUUUCCUAUCGCUUUAACAAACUUGACGAAGCUCGAGACAUUGUUAAUUUUCAAAAACAAUCUGUACGGUGAAAUUCCGGCUAGUAUAGGCAAUUUGCAAUAUGUGAGGAUUCUCGACUUGUCGAAUAACAAAUUCUCAGGAAACAUACCGGAGGAAGUGUCGUCAUUGAAAAACCUAAUGGAGUUGAGUCUGAUGAACAACAAGUUUACAGGAGAAGUUCCUCGAGGAAUCGGUGAGCUUCCUGCGCUCGAAUUCCUGUUCCUAUGGAACAAUUCAUUCACCGGAAUUCUGCCACAAAAACUAGGCUUAAACUCGAAAUUACAGAGGCUUGACGUCUCUUCCAACUCUUUCUCUGGUCCAAUUCCACCAAAUCUCUGCCUCGGCAACAAGCUAGUAAAACUCAUCCUCUUUUCCAACAAGUUGUCUGGUUCUCUUCCGUCUUCUUUAGCUAAUUGCACGUCGUUAUUAAGGUUCCGCGUCCAAAAUAAUAGACUCAACGGCUCAAUUCCGAUUGGAUUUGGAAGUUUGCCCAAUAUUACGUUCAUGGAGAUGAGUGACAACAGUUUCACAGGACCGAUUCCAGCAGAUUUAGCCGAUGCAGCUAAACUAGAGUAUCUAAAUAUUUCAGGAAAUUCAUUUGAUAGUGGUUUGCCGGAAAAUAUCUGGAGUGCUCGUAGUUUACAGAUAUUUUCAGCGAGUUCAAGUAAGCUUACAGGGGAAAUCCCCAAGUUUCAAGGCUGUUACAACUUCUACAAGAUAGAAAUCGCAGGGAAUGAGUUGAGUGGUAGUAUUCCUUGGGAUAUUGGUCACUGUAUGAAGUUAAUUACAUUGAAUUUAAGACAUAAUUCAUUGACAGGUAUCAUUCCAUGGGAGGUUUCAACUCUACCUUCGAUAACAGAAGUGGAUGUUUCUCACAAUUUUCUUACUGGUACGAUUCCUUCCACUUUCGGUAACUGCAGUACAUUAGAAGGUUUCAACGUUUCCUACAAUCAGCUCACAGGGCCAGUGCCUUCCUUCGGACCUGCAUUUUCGAGCAUACAUCCUUCUUCAUUCACCGGAAACGAAGGACUAUGCGGUGGAGUACUCCAGAAACCCUGUGGUACUGAAAGUGAAACUGAGAUAAAGCCACAGCAACCGAAGAAGACGGCCGGAGCUAUCGUGUGGAUAGUAGCGGCGGCAUUUGGUGUAGGCCUUUUCAUCCUCAUAGCCGGAAGCCGAUGCUUCCGUGCAAAUUACCAGCGUCGCUUCGUUGUAGAGGAAAGAGAGAUCGGACCGUGGAAACUAACCGCCUUCCAACGGUUGAACUUCACCGCCGACGAUGUGGUGGAGUGUUUGUCAAUGACGGAUAAGAUCCUCGGAAUGGGGGGCACUGGGACCGUUUACAAAGCCGAAAUGCCAAGUGGCGAGAUCAUAGCCGUUAAGAAGCUUUGGGGGAAAAACAAAGAGACGAUCAGACGCCGGCGAGGGGUGUUGGCGGAGGUGGACGUAUUGGGCAACGUGAGGCACCGGAAUAUCGUGAGAUUACUUGGGUACUGCACCAACAGGGAGUGCACGAUGCUGCUCUACGAAUACAUGCCCAAUGGAAGCUUAGAUGAUCUCCUCCAUGGGAAGAACAAAAGUGACAAUUUAAUGGCGGAUUGGGUCACCCGUUACAAGAUCGCACUAGGGGUGGCGCAGGGCAUUUGCUACCUCCACCACGACUGUGAUCCGGUGAUUGUCCACCGUGAUUUGAAGCCGAGCAAUAUCCUAUUGGACGGCGAGAUGGAAGCCCGGGUGGCCGACUUUGGUGUCGCAAAGCUCAUCCAAUUCGAAGAAUCAAUGUCGGUUAUUGCUGGGUCAUACGGCUACAUUGCACCAGAAUAUGCCUACACUUUGCAAGUCGAUGAAAAAAGUGACAUAUACAGUUUUGGGGUCGUAUUAAUGGAAAUUAUUAGCGGAAAGACAUCAGUGAACUCUGAAUUCGGGGAUGGGAAUAGCAUCGUGGAUUGGGUAAGGUCAAAAAUUAAAACAAAAGAAGGGACCAAAGAUGUAUUGGAUCAAAAUGCAGGGGCGUCGUGUGGCUCAGUACGAGAAGAAAUGAUGUUACUGCUAAGGGUGGCGUUGUUAUGUACGAGUAGAAAUCCAGCUGACCGGCCUUCAAUGAGGGAUGUAGUGUCAAUGUUGCAAGAAGCUAAGCCAAAGAGGAAGUCGCCGGAAAAUGGUGUUGGAACGGUGGUUAAUGGUGAUGCUAAACCUCCACCGCCACCACAAAAAGGGACUAUCUAAUGUUAAUAGAAUUUUUCUCUUUUGGAUUUUUUUGUUUUUGUCUUCUUAUUUAAUUUUUCAUUUUGGGGCUUAAUGAGUUUGUUUCUUCCUUUUUAGUUAGUGGUGGGGAUUGGUAUAGAAGAAGUAUAUUUGUUUUCGUUAUGAAUGAAAAUGUCGAGUAAACGGUUAAUUAUUAGGGUGUUUCUGUAAUUUAACAAAUGGUGCCAUUGAUGUA